AGGGAAUUGCCUAUAGUGACACAUGAGUAUGUGUGGUGUUUUGGCAGACACAGUGAUGGUGCUUAAAGCUGGGAGCUCUCUGGAUCUUCCAUUCCAAUAUCCAGUAGAAUCAGUGUUAUCGGUUCAGUGGAGCUUCAAUAAGAGCAUUUUUGCUGAAUGCAGUACAGACAAAGAAUACACAUUUCUGGAAUCACAGUUCAAUGGAAGAUUAAAGAAAGAAUAUAACAGAAUUGGAGUAACAAUAGAAGAUCUUCAACCCUUAGAUUCUGGCACAUUCUUAGUGGCUGCAGUUAGCAUUAUUCCAAGGCAUCAAACACACAUAUUUAAAGUUCUUGUUCAAAGUUCCAUAACAGCUGUGCAGAUUGAGAAGACUUGGUUGAUGUCCACAAAUAGCUGUGAUAUUCAUGUGAAGUGUGCAGCGCUCGGAGCUGAGAGUGUUUCCUAUCUGUGGAGUGGAUAUAAGACUGCAAGUGGAGCUCAUCUGCAGUUCAGUCUUUCACCAGCAGAAGGAGCUGUUACACUGAACUGUACUGCAGCUAACAAUGUCAGCUCCAGUUCUGCUACAAAGACACUGAGCUGUACCGAAACCCAAACAGAAGCUCCACUGUCAGUACUUAAACUGGUCAGCAGUCUAGUGGCAGCCUCUCCAUAUCUGCUGGUGACCAUCAUUCUUGGUGUAAAAUAUUACAAAGCUCGGGGUCAUCAUGACAGCCAGCAUGCUGUAACAGUAUCUGAGGAAUGAGCUCUUGGGUUUUUUCAGUUCUCAUUUUGAACCUUUACAUUUUUCUGAAAUUGUUUUUAUUCAUUUCAGUGGAUCAUUUAAGUUUUUAUUAAUGAUAAUAAUAUCUUUUGUUUACACUCAGAUUUCAGGAGCACUGCAGGGUUUACUGUUCUUUUGUUUGAACUUUUCUGGACUCACUGCUGGAGCUUCUAGUCCGGAUUAUGGGUCACAACAAUCCAUCCCCAUAUAACUGAUGACCUCUGUUUUAUUAUUUCCUCAGGCUCCCAGGUUCCUCAUUACAUUUACAGCAUUUGGAUUAAAGGCCCAACAGUGGCAGUUUGGUGGACAUGGGAUUUGAACUAACAACCUUCUGAUCAGUAGUCCAACACCUUAGUCCACGUUAGGCCAACACCUUAACCACUUAGCUACCACAUCCCCCAUCCAGCUUCCUCUUCCAUUUCCAUGGAAUCAUUACCAGAUUCUUCUAUUUCCUCCUUUGUAUGUUGAGAUGAAAUGAUUACAUUUCCACUGUAGUAUUUUGCACCUUUUUAUUCAUGAAGUCUAUUUGUUUUACUCUACAGUUUAUCUGAAAGUAUCUGGAGGUCACACAGGGAUUUUGUUCUUUUCUACUGCAAGCUGCGAUUCCUCUCAUUAUUCACAUUCACUUUUAUCUGUCACUGCACACAAUCUCCAUGUUUACUGCACACAUUAUCAUGCUGUGUGGUAAUUCACUACAGGUUAUCUGGUUUGUGUAAUCUGAUCAAGUACUUGUGAACCGAAGAGGGUAUUGAAAUCAGAUUAUCUUUAAAUGUAUAGAAAACUUAUUUUAUUGCAUUUGUGGACUAUGACUGUUGAGUUUUACAGUAUUAUAUGAAAUCUUAUAUUGAUUCAUUAAACAUUUACAAAAAUACACUGAAUAAAAUAGUAAUUCUUUUUUAGACUGUGUUUGCAAAAUAGAAAUACUGUUACUGAAAGUCAUUUCAUGAGAUGAUUGUAAUGACAGUGAGUCAAUAUAUAAAUGAAAAUGACAAAUACUCAAUACAUUUAGCAGAAAUAAACACAUAAUGGUACAUUACCUAACACAUUUAAGUUACUUCUACUGUAAUAUUCCUCUUUUUGUCAUAAAGAAUUACUUCAUUAGAUUGCAUUUAGCUUAAGUUAUAAAGAAAUUAAAUGUUAUAUCUAAUUUCCACCAGAAGGUGGCGCUGAACUAUUAUUAAAACACCGUUCUCACUGUAAAUGAUGUACAAAAUUGUGUCAUUCUUUUUAAACUUUCACAAAAUAUUGAGUGUCUAU